GAAGUGGAAGCGCCUGGAUGUGAGACAGUGCCGCCCACACGCUCUGCAGACUGAGGUUGCCGCUGGCAGCAAGGGAGGGUCCUAGUUCCGGUCUCAGAACCUGACAGAGGCUUGCAGGAGACUGCGUAGGUUACAGGCCAGGAGGCUGGGUGUGUGAGCAGGAACAUGGCAGCCGCAGUGUCAGGUGCCAGGCCCUGUAACUUCUCGGCAGCCGCCAACCACGUGCUCAGCAGCUACCAGGAAAACUUCCUGUGCCCCGUCCUGAUAGCCGAGUUCCUGGUGGCCGUGGCUGGCAAUGGCCUGGCCCUGUACCGCUUCUGCACCCAGGAGCCGUGGCCCUGGAACCCAGCUGUGGUCUUCUCGGCACAGCUGGCAGUCAGCAACCUGCUCUAUGCACUGACGCUUCCCGCACUGGUUGCCUACCUCUACCCGCCCAAGAACUGGGCCUAUGGUGCGGUGGCCUGCCGCCUGGAGCGCUUCCUCUUCACCUGCAACCUGCUGGGCGGCAUCAUUUUCCUCACCUGCAUCAGCCUUAACCGCUACCUGGGCGUCGCCCACCCCUUCUUCGCACGCAGCCACCUGCAGCCCAAGCACGCCUGGGCCACCAGUGUUGCUGGCUGGGGCCUGGCUGCCCUGCUGGCCGCCCCCACACUCGGCUUCUCGGGCCUCAAGGAGCCGGUGGUGGUGGGCGAGUGCAGCGUGGCCAGGCCUGAGGCCUGCACUGAGUGCCUGGGGACAGCCGACAGCCACCAGCUCGGGGGCUACAGAGCCUACAGCCUGGCGCUGGCGGGGCUGGGUGGGGCGCUGCCACUGCUGCUCUCACUGGCAGCCUACAGUGCCCUGGGCCAGGCUGUGUUGCGCAGCUCUGGACUGAGGGCAGCUGAGCAGCUGCGCGUGGUGGUGCUGGUGGCCAGCGGAGUGGCCCUGUAUGCUGUCUCCUAUGUGCCCUACCACGUCACACACGUGCUCAACGUGGACGCCCGACGGCGCUGGCUAGCACACUGCCCAGACUUCACCAGCGAGGCACAGGCCAAGCGGGCACUGGAGCUCGGGCCCUUCCUGGGCUACCAGGUGACGCGCGGCCUUGUGCCCCUGGCCAUCUGCAUCCACCCACUGCUCUACAUGGCUGUGGCACCCAGCUUGGGCUGCUGCAUGGGGCACAGGGGUCCCGAGGACAGGAGCCUCGGCCACCAGGACCUGCCUCUCUCCACCAGUGCCACCGCCACAGCCUCAGCGCCCCAGUGCCUGGCCCAUCUCCAGCCCAGUUCCUCACAAGGCACUGGGAGGUGAGGACCCAGGGCACAACAGGCCCUCGGCCACUUCCUCCCCAAAGGCUGGCACCCACCCUCAGGUGGGACAGAACAGCAGCACACAGUCCCCACCCGAGGCACACCCAGCCUGGGGAGGGGACGGACAAUGAACAGGACACAGGCCGGGCGCUGUC